AUGCAAUCGGCAGUCUCAUUCAAGGUGGCGUUCCUCAGGUACCUGCAGGCGGGGCUGGACCAGGUGGCCGGCGUUCCUUCAGCGAACGCGAGCGUCAUGGAAAGGAAGAGAGCCAUCAAACUCACCGCUGACAUGGCCAUGGCGUUAGCCAGAGGCGGCAGGAGAUGGAGCCGCGCCCUCAUGUCUAAUCUGUGCAAGCAAGGGACGAGUGAGAACCUUCCGAGGACGAAAUUUCCACUGACGAUCUUCAGCAGGAAGAAGAUCCUGAGAAGGAGAUUCCGGCAGCGCCCAUCGCCUCCCCGCACCGCCGCCGCGGCGAGCCUCCUCGCCAGGAGGAUGAUGAAGAAGAGAACAGAAGUCCUCAAGCGUCUCGUGCCCGGAGGGAACUCCAUGGAUGACUUCUCUUUGCUGCUGGAUGAGGCCCUCGACUACGUUCUGUCCCUGCGAGCUCAGGCCGAUCUGCUGCGCCGUCUGACCUACGCCAUCGAGCACUCGAAAUGCAGGUGGGUACGCAUUUAUCGUGUAAAACCUUUGUCCCCUUGGUAG